AUGAUGGCCCUGGCAGACCCAAUCGACCGCAUCGUUGCCGGUAAUCGCGUGUUCGCGCAGAAAACCUCCGAGGCAAAUCCGACUGCGUUCCUCGAGCUCACGAAGGGGCAGUGGCCUGAGAUCCUGUGGGUAGGCUGCGCAGACAGCCGCAUACCUGAGACAACCAUAUGCGAAUCUAAGCCAGGAGACAUAUUCGUGCACCGCAACAUCGCGAACUGUGUGCAUCCGGACGACGUUAGCGCCGCCUCGGUCGUUGAGUAUGCCGUGACGCACCUCAGAGUGAAGAAGGUCAUCGUCUGCGGCCAUACUAAAUGUGGAGGAGCCAUCGCGUCACUCAGCGACGCCGAUCUGGGGACGACGCUGAACCAAUGGCUUCACCCCCUGCGAGAGCUCCGGCGCAAGCACAAGGGUGAGCUAGAGAAGCUGGCGGAUAACGACGCCCGAGCUGUUCGCGUCGCAGAGCUCAAUGUUCACCAGAGCAUCGAAGUGUUGAAGCAACAUCCUGCUGUGAAGAAGGCAGCAUCUGAGCGCGGCCUCACACUGCAUGGCAUGAUCUACGAUCUCGGGCAGGGACAGCUGCGUGUGCUCGAGGAAGCGGUUGGAAGGAAGGGGUAUGGCCUCUGGAGCCCAAAGUAG